UGCUAGAUCCGAAAACCAUCUUUCAUUCCGCCGUUUUCAAAAUACAUAUUUUGUGCAAACCAAUUAUGGUGGAAACCUAAAACCCUAGAUCGAUCCAUAGGUGUAAGUUCACUUCAUUUAUCAAUUCUUCAGGAUUUUGAAGAUCUUCAUAUCAAAAUGGACAACAAAAAUAAUGAUAAAUGUUUUGUUAACAGAGUUGAAGUUGGUUCAUCUUCCGUUGGAGCUGUCAACAAGAUUAUUUUCGAAACUUGUGGAAAAAAAGAGAAUGCAAAUGGAGUUCAACCAAGUGACAAUCCUGAAAAAGAUAAGAAUGUGCCAGAACCUAACAAAGUAAAAGGUUGUGACAUCUAUAAGAAAUUUGAAGGGGUUAAAGCUCUUGGGACUAUCACUAAAUACAUACCCUCAGCGAAUCUAUUUGAAGUUCUGUACCAAAAUGAUAACCGAAUGGAGUAUUUGACCUUUGAUGAGAUUAUAAAAAAUUUGGCAAACAAGGAAGAUAUAUGCAGGUUUCAACAAGUAUCAUCACCACCACCGAGAUAA